AUGGAACGAAGUCUUCUGCAGUGCACCCGUGCGUUCUCAAGAUGCACGAUCCAGACCUCGUGUCGUGAUCUACCCAAAUGCAGACCCUCGGCGAUCGCGUCCGCACGACAAGCACGCUGCCUCCACACGACACGCCCCGCCCUCCUCCAAUCCAAACCUCCCAAAUCGCGCGACCGCGGCCCAAAGAGUGACGAAGAUACGCAGACCGAUUUCAGCGCUCUCGAUGUCCUCCGAAACACGGUCGCUCCCGCCACAUCCAUCGACGCGUGCACAGGCGAUGGUUUCGCGCUCAACAACCAGAUGCGCAUUAGCGGAUGCGGCAUUCUCUUGAUAGGUGGAGAGGCAUAUCGAUGGAAGCCAUGGCUUCGCGAAGGCAGGAAAGAAGGCACCGUCGCUGAAGGAGGCACGGGCGACGAUGCAAUGACAGGCAAAUUGCUGAACGCGAAGGGGCAGUGGGAAGUGCAGGAGCAGGCUUGGGGAGUGUUGGAGUUGUUAUAUCCGAAGCCUGAUCUACUCAUCAUUGGCACCGGCCCUAGUACCGUUCCUCUCGCGCCCGCGGUCCGCAAGUACCUCAACGACCAGGGAAUACGAUUAGAAUUCCAGGACACAAGGAAUGCGGCGGCGCAAUUCAACCUACUUGCGACAGAGAGGGGUGUGGGGCAGGUCGCGGCGGCGCUCAUACCCAUCGGCUGGAGAGAAGGACGAUGA